GAGAAAAUCAAUAUUUUUCCCUCUUGCCACAAACAAUUCACCGAGAAAUUUAACAGUGCCGUUCCCUGGCUCCUGGUGCUCUACCUGGAUUCACGAGGAUUACUUAUUACCUGGAAAUAAACUAGUGAGUGACGCCGAGGAGCUUGGUGGAGUCCACGACCUGAAGAGUGUUGGGACCCAAAGUAAUGGAGCUGGUGAUGAACAGUGUUGAUGCAUCAGCCUUGCGGGGAUGGCGUGUGGCAUUGGCAGGGGGACAGCAGCUGGUGGUGAACAGCGUAGGGGCCUCAGGACUGGGUGGAAUGACUGGCAAUGGGGGUUCGGGUGACCCGCUGAGUGAGGAUGGUGGGGGUGGGCAUGGCGAUAAUGUAACAACGCACAUAACAGGAACUAGUGAUGACGACGACGAUGAUGUGCCGUCUUCACCCGGAAGUUUUGACGAUGACGACGGUUCACUUCCCGGAGAAGACGACGUCACCGCCCAGUUAGCGGCGGCAGGUGGGUGGUCAGGGCCAGUUGGAGUUGCUGCAGCAGCUGCCAUCGCAUCUGCAAAAAAACGUAAACGACACCACAGUUUUGAACUCAACCCAUCAAUACGUAAAAGACAACAGACAAGGCUUUUAAGAAAGCUAAAGGCUACAAUAGACGAAUAUUCAACCAGAGUCGGGCAGCAAGCAGUGGUGGUGGUUGCUACACCCAGUAAAACAGGAAAUAAUUUCAAAUGUUUUGGAGCAAAACCUCUUGAGGAUGUGAUGAAGACAUUACGACAAAUGCUGAUGACUGAGUUAGAAAAUGCAUUAGCUCAACAAGCUCCUCCUCCUCCGCAAGAUGACCCCUCUCUUCAUGAACUACCGCCCCUUGUUAUAGACGGAAUACCAACUCCAGUAGAAAAAAUGACCCAGGCACAACUAAGAGCAUUUAUUCCUCUCAUGUUGAAGUAUUCUACAGGGAGAGGCAAACCUGGUUGGGGAAAAGAAUCUACAAGACCUCAGUGGUGGCCCAAAGAUGUGCCCUGGGCUAAUGUGAGGAUGGAUGCAAGAUCAGAGGACCAAAAACAGAAGGUGUCUUGGACGACCGCACUCCGCCAGAUUGUUGUCAACUGUUACAAAUUUCACGCACGAGAUGACCUUCUGCCAGCGUUUAAUGAGGAAGAGGAGAAGACUCAGGUUAGUGGGCAAGUAAACUCUGUCUACUCUGGUCCAGUAGUACAGACCAUCAGUAACCCUGACGGCACAGUCUCUAUCGUCCAAGUAGAUCCAAAUAAUCCUGUUAUUCAGUUACCUGAUGGAACAACUGCACAUGUUCAAGGAAUUGCCCAUAUCACAACACAGAAUGGGGAGUCGCUGGAUGGGGAGAAUGGGGGAUCUGGUGGCUCUGUGGCGAUUGACCUCAACCAAGUUUCUGAGGGGACCCUCGCUCAUGAAGGGACCAUUUUAUUAACAGGAGAGGAUGGCUCACAAAAAAUGCUGAUUCACCUAGUUCCAGUCAGUGUGUCCGGGUCGUAUCCAGUGUCGGGGAUGAUAACCGUACCGCUACCAGUCUACCAAACUGUGGUUGCUAACAUCCAAGGAUCAGAUGGUCAGCCUCUACAGGUGAUGACACCAUUUGUACAAGUACCUAAGCUAGAACCUGGACUGGACAACAGUGUAGAAGUUUCUGCAGGUCUCAAUGCCUCCCUAGAUGCAUCAACAAUUAUUUCUUCUGGACAAGGACAAGUACAUAAUCUUCAUGUCUUUUUACAGGAUGACGAUGAUGAAGGGAGUGUAGACAUGGUGGAUAAAGAAUGAUGAGGGACUGUAUCUCCUGAUGAUGAUGGUGAUGAUGACAGGCAACAGUGAGGCUUUUGUCCAAAAUGUUGGUCACAAAUUGUUCAGCUGUUUCCCAUCCACAUGUCUUUCUUCCCAUCUCAGCUUCUCACCAAAGACUAGGGUGUGAUUUCUGGAAUAUGAAUAACAACUGGAGCAUUCUUCAGUCAAAGCUCCAGAAUGGGAUUGGCCAGUAUUAUUUAACCAAGUUCUUUCUACUUGGCCAGUUACCAAAUUCAUACAUCCAGUGUUUCAGAAUUUUACCCCUAGAUUCAGAAUGAAACCAUACCAGCCAAAGCCAUGAAUUGGGUGUGAUCCUCCACAGGAAACUCUAUUUUUGUAUGAGUAUGAAAUAUGGCAUUGGAUUGAAUAAAAUGCAUAUGCAAAGUUUUAGGUUUCUAACCAGGAAAAAGAUAUUUUGUUUUGGUAUGGUUUUGAAUUUCUGUAUUUUCUCUAGUUUAAUAUAUUGUCUCAAGGAAUGAGUAGGUUUGAUACUUGCUUAUUGUUUUAGAUGAUGGUUCAGAAUAUAGAAAAGAAAACUUAUGGGUAUAAAGCUGUCAUUAAGACCCUGUUUGUUGAUUUUCAUCAUUAGCAAUGAUUAUGUAUCUGAGAGCCUGUAAGGGGUAACAGCUUUACUGUUGAGAUAUAUUAAGCUAACUUAGAUCAAAGAGGCACUUAAUAGGUUUGAAGUGUUUAGUUUAAUGUACUGUGUAUGUGCAAUUAGGUCUUGAGUGUACCCUUUAACUUUAAAAAAUAUUUAUUUAAACCCUUCUCCUCACCAGCGAAGUUGAUGUAGUUUGCUUUGUAUUUGUCAAGUGUUAUAGAAGUUGCUCAGUGUUGUAUAUCUUAGCAGCAACUGUUAGGUGUCAUCUUAGGAGUUCUGUUGAUAGAAUUGAAAACUGGAUGGCUUGUAUGUGAUACAACAGAUGAUUGAGUUAGCCUUUUAUGUCACUUCCAUUGAAAGCUGAUGGUGUAAUGAUUUUGAGGGAAUUAUCUCUGCUGUGGCUGGGAUUGUUUAGCUUGGUAAUCUCUUGAUUUAAGCAAAUUUGAAUUAAGAGCAUCAAUAUUUGUUGUGGUAAUGCUUGAUGGGAAAUUUUGUGGAUGUUACUCCACAUCAAAGGUCACCCACUUCUGCCUGAAAAAUUAUCUGAAAUUGUGUUGAUUUUACGCAUGAAUUUUACUCUUAAACAAGUGUCAUUUCCUAUUUUCUAUAUAUUUAUUUUAAAAGUGAAACAUUAUUCAUCAACAUUUAGUAAAAUAUGUAAGGAAAAAUUCUAAAUUUAUUGAAAAUUCUCAAUGGAAGAUCAUGUCUGUUGGUCUGGUAUGUUACUACAAUACUGUACUUUGAGGUUUUUGGGAUGAAUUUUUUUAAGAUUGUUGAUGACAUUUGUUUUAAAAACCUGAAUUUUAUUACUAUUACCUUAAAACCUUUUUAGGGAUUCUUAUCACAGGAAGUAAGAUACAUAACCUCAUUCCAUUCCUUUAGUUAGCUCUUAUAUCUUGCUGGCAGUAUAGAGAAUCCUUUGAUUUUUUUGCCCUUAACCCACAAAACAUUCAAGCAGAAUGAAAGUUUAGAUCACCUUUUCUUAUAUAUUUUGAAUUGAGUAUCUACAUAAAAUUGUCACAUGUUUGUUGGAAUUGGAGUAAACUUUCAAUUCAGUCAAGGCUUGUAGAUGUGGGUGUGUUUGUAAGAGUGUUGAAAGACUCCAUCACUAGGCAUUACACCAAAUUAGAUUUGGGUGACCAGGAGAAGGAUUCAUCCCCAAAAGCUCUUAUUGAUAGCUAUUUGCAAAUUACUUAAUAGUUGUUUAUAUACUGUACUGUUAAGCUUUGUAUGGUAUUACUGUACUGGAAUUUUUUUCCUCUUACCACUCACAGUUAAAGGUUGUUUCUCAUUUCAUAUCAUCUUAGUAUUUAUGAGGAUCUGGAAAAUAAAAGAAAUGGUAACAUCUUAAUGACACAACUUGAAUAUAUACCCUCUGUGUAUUCAGGUUAGAACUGGGUGAGUUGAGGCGAGUUGUUUCGGCAGAUGUGUCGUCACGUGUGCCGUUGUGUGACGAGCUUGGUGCAUAUUCUGGUGUUACUCUUGUAUGUACUUUGUUAGCAUGAUUGUUGACUGUCACCACAUGUUUUGCCAUAGGGUAAGUAAUGCCAGAAUUCUUGUUGAUAUGAUGUUAACUUGAAUGCUUAUGGCCUUGGUUAUCUUUAAUGUUUAAUAAGAAGUGGUAGAUGACUGCAAGCAUAAAGUUUGUUGUUUGAUCCAAAGCAUGUGAGUAAUAAAUAAAACUACCUUCAGUUUUCCUUGAAAUAGAACUACUAGAAAUUGGUAAAUUGAGGCUAGGGUGUUAUGUUCUAGAGUUCAACAGUGGCUCCUCAGGUAUCCAGGGGGUAAAGUUAUGUUGAUCAUUUGGGAAAUGUUAGAAUUCACAUGAGUAGUGAUUCCUUGUUUUGGUGUUCUACUAAUGUUAGUUCAUGAAUUCUAGAAAUUAUAUUAUUUUAAUAAAAGAGCUUAAUUCUCUUCUUAGAGUAAAAAUACCCCAGCUAGUUCACAUAGCUUCUAAUGUGAGUCUCCUUCUUGCAACUGUGCAUUAAUUGUUACUAAAUAGCAGAUGCCUUGGGUACUAUAGUAGUGUGGCAUUUGACAGCAAUAUGAGUUUUGGCGGGAUGUAUGUAAAAUACACUCAAUAAUCCUUUCUGCUAAUAUUAAGACAUCAUUUAUUAAUGUGUCAAAAUGUCUUGCAACCACCCAUCUCAGUAGACAUACAACAUGUUUAUAUAUACAUGUAAUAUAGAUACAUUAACCAUACUAAUACAUAUACAGCAUAUGAUUUGCUUAAACCAGCAUACAUAAUCAUAGCAAGUAUAGAUGCAUUGAGGCUUCUGGAAAGCUAGAAGAAUACUUGCUUUUAAUUGGGUCCUAUUGAUACUAAUUGGCUACAUGAUUUAUUAGAAAUCCAAUUAGCUGUGUGGGCAGAUGAUGGACACCAUUCCAACAUCAUUUAGAAGCAAGAGUUUAGGAUCACAUUAGAGUUAUGUGAAUAAUAUGGCAUUUGGAUAUUUUUUGUUACUCCUUUUCGAGGGGAGUGGAUAAUGCGUAUGUGUCAUUAUAAGAAUGGGGUUAUAACAGCAAUAUCUUUAUUAAGAAGCUCAUGAUCACAACAUUCAUGGGAAAGACAAACAUUACAAUGUAAAAAACUAGUAUUACUGUGUACAGUAAUAAAUUUAUUUAACCUUUAAAUAUAUAAUGCAAGACAUGCUUUUGGGUGGUCAGUGAUUGUAUCGUUGAAUCUCAUAAUCGACUAUCAAGAUUUGUUAUAUUCGGUGAAAAUCUUAAAAUGAAUAUACUGUAAUCAGAUUAAUGCUCCUUUCCUAUGGUCGAGCAAGGAAAGGCUUGGGAUAAAUGGGCCACUGUCCAGUCACUAAAUCUAGAACAAGCAAUCAUGGCUGUGAUAAUCUAGUUUAGCAUCGCGCCAGUAUGGAGCCACGGGCUGAGCAUUCCUGGGGGAACAAUGAAGUGGCUUGUCACGAUAUGAAUUAAGAUUGUAAAGGAAUGAAAGUAUUUAUUUACUGUAUUUAUUCUUUGUUAUUAUUAUUACUGUAAAACAUAUCACAAGCCAUCAAAUAUUCCUUCCAGAGUAAUUUGCUCAGUUGUGUGUAAAAACAUCUAUUGCAGGAAGUCCAUAUUGUAUUAAGCAAGCAAAAGGAGUAAAGCUUGUUCUGGAUGCUUUCUUUGAACAUAAACAUCUGAGUAGAUGUAACUGCUUUUGCCCCUAAAAUACCCAUAAUAUUUGUGUACAGAUUAUUUAAUGUUAUAGCUUUUUGAAAAGUUUUUUGAAAUAGGAAUUCAAAAUUCAAGAUUGGAUGUGCUUUAUUUGAGAAAAAGAACUGUGUACUGUAUUAGCUGAAAGCUUGGAAAAAAUCUGUAUUUUCAUCAAAUUUAUAUUUUGAAAUUGCAGUGGUAAGUAAUGAAGUUGUGUGUAUACGAAUUAGGCAAUUAGUUCUUGUUGAAGAUGUAUGUUAUUGUAGUAGUACAGUAGUAGUAGUAAUAAUGUAUGCAACAAACAUUUUGGUUUGGGGGAGUUAAACUGCAUACUGAUUGAGAUAAACUAUUGAUUCGAAGCUUACUGUAAGUCAGUAAAAGAACUUUAUGUGAAAACUGCUUGUAAAGUUUAGAAAACAUUCCAUCUUGUAUCUCAUAUAACAUAAUGAGUAGUUCAAGAGAUGUAUGGAAAUGAAAGAUUUUAAUAUAUUUAAAUCACAGGAAGGUUCACAAAUCUGGAUAAUAUUGUGUUUUUAUAGUUAUCUUAUUGUUUUUUAAUCUUGUUUCCAUGUACAGUGUUGUGUACUUUCACUAUUGACAUUUUGUUUCGUGCACACUUCUUUUUUGUCAAACUGGGAAUUGAUUAUAUUUUAAGCUUGUAAACAACUAAAAUAUUUAGUGAGUGCCAUUUUUUACUUUUUGUUUUUCUUGAGCAGUUCCACAUAUUUUCAGAUCUUAUGAGUACAAUACAUGAUGUUUGAGUGAUGGAGAUGCUUUGUAUAGAGAUAUAGGAACUGUGGACUUCCGAGCAUGCACUUGGUGAUUUUUAACUAGUCGACUGUGGCGCACCCUGGCUAAUAAUGUCUGCAGACGGGUGGAAGUCAGACUAAUCAAUUAUUUGUGACUGUUGAGUGGAGUAUCUUGUAGAGCACAGACGGCUCCAUUUGAAGGCUUUUUUGUUAGUCAUCUUUCAUUGGCCUGCUGAUCUCUAUUAGCCAUGGAGCACGACAAUUAUAAGCUUGUACUGAGAGAACAUUUCAAAAUUCAUGCAAACAAAAUGCCAGAUGGCUCGUGAAAUUUAUAAAUUUUAGAGACGAGAGUUUCACUAUUGGUUAAUGAAUUUAUGCUUGAGAUGUAGUUAAAUUUUGAUUAACAUGAGUUGCAUAUAAUCAUUCAAGCUAAUGUUCUUUGAGUGUUGAUCAGUGUUCUGCCAGUUACCGGUGCUCAUUGUCGUGUUUCAUGACGCAAAAUGUAGAUAUAAUGUAGUGAAAACAUUAUGGUACAAAACAGACACCUGGGAUCUUACCCUCUUGUCACCUCUACUAAUCUUGAUUUUUUAUUCUAAUUUUGCCUUCAUUACCUUGAUAAUUUUUAUGUACAUGAUUGUAUAAUUGAUUUAUUCAUCAUCAUCACUCAUUACUUUCAGUCAUAAACAUUUAGUUAUAUUCAGUAGCAAGUUUGUUUUUUCCUUGUACAUAUGGUACACUGCAGGGCAGUCACUUGGUAUAAUAAAAUAUAUUUUCGAUAUAAGCUACAAACGAGCCAAGAUAGUAAAUCAAGAUCCAGAUACAAAAAUUAUAUCACGAUAGUACGUGCCAUAAUUUGUACUUCCAUGUUUGGUAGUGUUGGUGGUGGUGCUUCAUUUCGUGAUGAAUUUUCAAUUGGAUUUUUAUUUUCAGGAUUGAGUCAUGUGAUUUAUAUAAAAAAAUUACAUUAAUUUUAUUGAAUGUUGGCAGUUGAAUUUGAUUGGAGCCUCUGUGUUUGUGUUUGCUGAUUUUGUUACCAAAACAUAAAUUUUCUUUUAUAAAUUUCUCUGUCAUAUAUUUUAUCGUUCUUAUGUAGUGAUUUGUCAGAUGUGGCCAUCGUUCUAAGAUAUUCACAAGCUCAUUUUUACCCAUUCAUGUGAUUUUUUAUCUUGUUUUAGCACUUCAGGUAUUUUGAAUUUGGUCUGUGUAUUUCUCAGAUGUACGUACAAAUGAGGGUUAUCCCACUGAUUUGGUUACUUGUUAAUAUUAAUCCGCCAUUCAAGAGUUCAUUGUGGUACAUAGCAGUUGUUCGCUGUCAUUAUUGCUGCGUUAUUGGUCAUUAUUCUCAUCUAAUUAAAUUUUGGAAAUAUUGUUCUUGUAGUACAAUAUAAGGUUGACAAUUGUAUGACAUGUUACAAUGGUGUAGUAUUAUGACAGGCUUUAUUUUUAAGUCUACUUCUGCAUAACACACUUCUCACAACACACUCAUUCGUGUAGUUUGCUUACUCUGUUGUUAAAGCUGUUAGCACCUAGGGUAACUUGAUGAAAUUAAGGUAAUUCUUUAAAUGAUUGUGACAACUUUCUGAGGUACCCUAAUUUUUCUUGCUACAUCUUCUUGUGGUUAUGCCCCUCUACAAAAUCACACAUUUUAUUAAUUUUUAUUUUAUUUUUUCUGAUAGUGCCUGUAAUCAGAAUUGUUUCCCUGCUGUUGUUUACCUUACUGUACUGUUCCUCCUCAGCCUCAAGCGUGUUUUAAUGAAGUCAAAAAGUUGGGAAUAUAGCCUUUUGUCUUUCUUACUUGCAGUGUUGUGGCUUUCAUUGUUGCAAGUGUUUUUACAUUCCUUCUUUUUUCCUAGACAUUAAGCUUUUUUCACAUAUUUAUUUAUAUAUAUAGUAUAUAUAUAUAUAUAUUUUUAGUUUUUGUUUGUUGGACAAAGACAGCACAGUGCACCAAGUCAGUCCAUUUAUGGUAGAUUUUAGUCACCCAUAGUGGAAUAAGAGUAUCAGUUUGUGCUGUUUUUUUUUUUUUUUUUUUUUUUUUACUCAUCGCUGCUGGUUUGUGAAUUUGUAAUUGGAGCCUUGUUACUGUAGGGUAGUAAGUAUGAAAGAUCUAAGGAUAAGUUACGAAUAAAUCUCGGUGCCAAACAGAUUCGUUGUUUAUGUUAAUCUCACUUCAUUUCUUUAUUUUCUAAUUGUGUGCCAUGAAGUUUCCUCAGAUUAAUUAUUUGUACAAUGUUGUUAAUAUUAUUACUACAAGCACAAAUAGUCUAGGCUCACAUCAAGACAUCCUUGUUGUUAAUAAAUAUAAUACAUUAAAUAUUAAGGUGGACUUGGAAUAGCCAAUACA